AUUGUUUAAUUAACACUAUUUUGUAGUAAAUAGUGGAAAGUGUUGCACACAUUUAAUGUUUGCACUCUAUUCUGCUGUAAUUAGAGCUGUCCGCUUUAUACCAGAGCGCCGCAAAUUCRACUGUAAUUGACUUGGUCAAAAUACGGAGGCAUGCUACUUCUUGUCUAACAAGCCUUUUUUAAGACUCAUGUAAAAACUGACGUUCUAUUUACUUGUAUACAUGUAGUGAGAACAAAUAGCUCCAGUAUCUAUUUUUAUUUCACUAAGCGUGUUGACUAGUAAUUGCUUUCGCAUGUGAGAAAAUCGCGCAAAGUCAGUCUCGGAUGCAGGCGGUUCUUUGUAAUGAUCACCAAAGUCCUUGUAUUUURGCUCUUCGCGGGUUGCCUCUGUUUGGGUUCCUUUGCCCAACGAUUAAUUGAAAUUCGGUUAUUUUCUAAGCACGAGUUGAUUAGCUAAUGACUAGACGCACGACGUCCUCGUGCGUGAUCUUCCACCCGUAUGCCCAACGGCAAUGAUGCAAUUAAAGUAUACUAUUACAUACACAAAAAUAAUCUAGCCUAACACGGAUAAAAUAAAUAUAAAUAUUAUUCAACGGAUGAACCUCUCUAGUUAAACAAAAUAGAACUAAGAUGAAACAAUCGAAGCGUCAGCUGUUUUUAGAACAUCUAAACACUGCUAUUAACAACGAAGUCACGUACAAUCAUUUGUUCGAAUGGACUCCCUGUGUAGAGUGACGCGUGUUGCGUGACUAAAUAAGUACUAGACUUUGUUCGUUCAGUCGUGUUGUUGCUGUUUUUAAAAUUGACACUCUCAGCAAUUUUAAGGUAUGAAGGCUARACAGCCUGGUGGUUUUACAUUCAAUGUGCCAUUUGAAUCUGAGCAGCCAUGGUUAAUAACGAAUCCGUGAGGCAAACAGAAGAACGAGAAGGCAGAAACUGCUGUUUUAUUGGUAUUAUUCACCAGGUUUGUGAUACAAGAAGGUCCGACGAAGAAGAAWCCAGUACUGCAACCGACAAUACAACAUGCAGAAGAAAAUUUAAAGUUAUCAUCUUAGGAUUGGGAUUUUCCUGCAUUGUAAUUUGCUUUAUAUUCGCCACACUGGGCUACACUUCAAAACUCAGAAUUUGUCAUGGUCAAGACAGAACUAAAUGUGAAAAAGACCCAAGGAAGUUCUCCCAAGCUCAAAACUACAGAUUAACGGCWGCCCUYUUGUUUAUAGUGGGGAUGUGUUURAUARUUGGGUUUGUUUGGCUUGUUAAAACCGACGGACGAGCCCAGGAGCUGAGAAUUCGACCUGAUAUCCUAGUGUCAGACGUGACAGCGGAAGGGCUGCUSAAGUCUCCUGCYCCUACCCUUGUUCAUCCAAUUUCUCAUUUACACAAUCUAGUCUACGAAUCUCCCUUGGUAGAAAAAUUAACUAGCGUAGACGAUUUACCAAAUUAUGACACCGUUGUACAGCUACAAAAGGAAGGAAGGUCUAGCGUUACACCMGAUGGUARAAUMAUAACAAUUAAAGGRAUACAAACUGAAAGYGUUGGAACACAAGUCGACGAAGAUGACAUCAACCCACCACCAUCUUAUUUACAAGCUUUGGAUUUAAUACAUGAGUURGGGGGAGAGGUACAUUUUUAGAACAGUGACACUGGACAAGAGCGAAAAUGUUUUUGUUUGMUGAAUAUAAUUAGCGAGCGUCACGCAAAUAUCACGCCAUGUGCAUGAGGUGAUCACAUGAUGCGAGGUCAAGUUUGUUGAACGUGGACGUGAUCAUUUUCCUCAUAAAAACGUGGUUUUGUUUAUGUUUUUUUUUAGAGCCAAUCAAGGUCCAUGUUAUUUGUGUUAUUUUAUAUUAUCGAAUAAUUUUAUCUCGAUUUAAUUAAUGGUAAAUAGCGAACUUGACUUUCAUAAGAGAGAAUAUUUAUUCUGGAAAAACAUGAUUAAAAAACAAGUGAUUGUUCAGAAUUAAGGAAUGUGUAUUAUUGAGAAAUGAUUUUACUUGACGUACAAGAGAGCUUGAAGAAAAAAAAAAGGCUUGAAAACAUAAACGAAAAAGCUUAGUAUUUAUUCUGAACAAUGAAGUUGUAGUAUUUGUAAGCUUCUACCUGACAUGUUUUGGUGAUARACUAGUUUUAUUUAUUUCUAUUUGUAGCUUAUGAAGCUUUGACCGGUUUUGCAYAUGAAAAUGCAAUUAGAUAUUGAUUAAUCUCGCUUCUGAUUCAGGGCCAGUGAACACUGAUAUACAUUCCACUAUAUCUUGGCGGUCGCGGCUUUACGAUUCGCACUGGUAAAGGGGUCAGUACUUCAUGUAAAACUCCAGGAAUUGGCUCUUUCUGAUAUUUCAAUGUUUACGUUUAGCGUACAUAUCGGUCGUGUCUGACAUGAAGUACUAGCCGAUAGAGGCUUCCUGCUAUACACUGAAAAUAUUUGCAGUUCUGGGAAUUUUUAAAAUUUUUAAAAUGAUCAAUCAAGAUGCAAUGAAUUAAGCUUAUAUUUCAAAGGGUUUAGAGGCCUACUGAAUAUUAAUAUAUAUGUUCUUACAUAAUUUAAUUUUCUUAGUUAUUUUAUCCUUUUUCACUUAAUUGUAUUUCCUCAUUUGGUACGUAUACACUUUUAAAGUGUAAAAUUAAUUGUUUAAAUACAUUAUAUUUAUUUUAAUCCAAA